AUGGUUGUGAUUUGCGUUUAUGCGCCUCACAUGGGAUUAGGAGACCAGGAGAAAAGAGAGUUUUGGGACCGCUUAGAUGUUGUAGUAAGGGCCGUACCUAGGGAAGAGAGAAUUUUUAUAAGUGGUGACUUUAAUGGCCAUAUAGGUAAAGAUAGUGAUGGUUUUCAGUCGGCAGACGGGGGUUUCGGUUUUGGUGAUAGGAAUGAGCCUGGUAGGGAGCUUCUAGAGUUCGCAGUGGCCCAUGACCUGGGUAUUAUAAACUCGUUUUUUAGGAAACGAGUUUCUCAUUUGAUCACUUUUAGUAGCGGGGGGCGUAACACGCAAAUAGAUUAUCUCUUGAUGAAGAGAGAAGAUAGACGAUGGUGGAGGGACUGCAAGGUUAUACCAGGGGAGACAACGGUGACUCAACACCAUUUGCUGGUAGCAGAUAUAGGUCUGAGAAGAAAGCUUACGGAGGGGGAGAGGAAAGGUCGACCUAGGAUCCGAUGGGGAAGCCUAAAGGGAGACAAGAUUACAAUGUUUAGAGACAAGGUAAUCCCUAUGACAGCCAAUUGGGUGGGUGGGGAUGCAAACCGGUUGUAG